AUGUCACCGACAGAUGAAUGUGAUUGGGCCUUCCUCAUCUGCAAUGAUGAAGUGGCAGUGGAGGAGAUUAUAGUAACGUCUGGGUUCGUAGUUGCCAAAAGUGCAGGAGUGACACGAUAUGAGAAUGUCAUGAGAGGAACUCUUCCCAUGGAGUUGUCCCUCUUUACAAGUCUCAAGAAGUUUGAAAUUGCUAAGAAUGGGAUACAGGGAGAUCUCGAUAGUGCUUUCUUAGGCAUUACUACCUUGGAGCACUUGGAUGUACAUGAGAGCAACCUUUCUGGCACAUUCCCCAAUUUGAUCAUUCAAAACAAACCAAAUCUAAAGCAGCUUAGCUUGGCGGAAAACAGCAACAUCAGGGGUUCGGUCUGGGGCCUAAUCCCUCCAGCCCUGGAGACCCUGGACAUUGAAGGUACACGAGUCAACGGAUCUCUCCAAGACCUCUUGUCGGUGCCCAACAGUAGCAGCUUUGAUGCCAACAGUACUGAUUCGGUUCUGCAAGUUUUGAGCUUGAGCAGGACAGAAAUAUCUGGGACCCUGCCUUCCUCGAUAGCCCGUCUCUCCAACAUGACAGCAUUGUCACUUGCCCAAACAAAUCUGCAAGGUACUCUGCCAAUGGAACUACUAGAGCUCAGACGCCUGGAGACCCUGAUUCUGCCCAUGACUGGCUUGUCUGGGUCCCUGCCUUCGGCUGGCAUCGGAAAUUGGACUAGAAUGCGAGUGCUGGACCUUUCCUACAACCAAUUCCGCGGAACUAUCCCGGAGAAUCUCCACUUUCUCAAUUCUUCUCUUCAAGAUUUGAUUUUGAACGACAAUGCCUUCAGCGGGGAACUUCCGGAGGCAUUCUACCAUCUCACUGCGCUAGAAACUCUUAGGCUGGACGGCAAUGAGCUAACGGGGCGCAUUCCAGGGGCUGUUUGCGCUGAGCGUGGGACGGGGGUGCAGCAGCUCGCUACGCUGUUUGUGGAUUGUGUUGUCGAGUGUGGGUGUUGCGACGGUUGCAGAGACUGA